AUGUCUUUCACCUCCUCCUCCUCCUCCUCCUCCUCCUCCUCCUCCUCCUGGUCCCGGCCUCUCCUCUCCUCGCUCCUCAUACAGCUCCUGCUCGUCCCGCCGUGCCUCCUCCACCCUCAGCCGUGCCUCCUCCUGGCUCAGGUCGGACACACGGUGCGCGUCGCUGCGCUCCUCCCGGCGCAGCGGGCGGCUCGCGUCCGGGUCCAGGCUGCGCUGAGCCGGGACCGGGACCGGGACCGGGACCGGGACCGGGACAACUUUCUGCCAUACAACUUGAGUGUGGAGCUGGUGUCCCGACAGCCGGCCGCCGCGGACCCGGAGUCUCUGCUCCGGUGCGUGUGUCAGGGCCUGGUGGUGCAGGGAGUGUCCGCCGUCCUCGCCUUCCCGCAGAGCCGGGAGGAGCUGCUACAGGUGGACUUCCUGUCCUCGUCCCUGGAGAUCCCGUUCCUCAGCGUCAUUGAGCACGGAGAGCCGCUCCGCACGCAGAACCGGUUCCACCUACAGAUGGCGAUGGGGGUUCCAGAGUCCGGUCUGUCCGACCUGCUGCUGACGGUUCUGAAGCGAUCUGGUUGGAGGGAGGGUACCGUGGUUCUGUGUCGAGGCUGGGAGGAGGCUCGGGGUCUCCUGCGGCUGCUGGACAGCGGGAGUUGGAGCGGUGCAUCAUGGGACGGUGGGGGCGGAGUCACCUGGCAUGUGCGUGCCCUGCUGAACCUGACGCAGUCAGCACAUGACGACACUCAGAUCCACGACUUCCUUUCACGACACUUCCGACAGAACCAACCCUCGCCUGCGUCGGUGCUGCUGUUCGGAGCGGACCCCCAGUGCGCGGCGGCGGUGCUGCGCAGCGCACAGGACCUGGGCCUGACCUUACCCAUGGUGCACUGGGUGCUGGGCCAGCCCAUCAGCCCCGACGCACUGCACGCCAUCGGGCUGCCUCUCGGCCUGCUGGCCUACGGAGAGGUGGAAAGGAAACCGCUCGACUUCUACGUCAGCGAUGCCCUGCAGCUCGUCACCAGGGCCAUCGCCGCGGCAACCUUGGUGAGACCAGACCUGGCUCUGAUCCCGAACAUGGUGAACUGCUACGACAAACCCCACAAACACGAGGUGCCAUCCUCCGGACAGUACCUGUCCAGGUUCUUGUCCAACACGUCUUUCUCCGGUCUCACGGGUCCAAUCCAAGUCCACCAGAACAGGUCUCAGAUCCUCACCUCGCAGCGUUUCCACAUCUGGAGCUUGCGACGGGAUGCGCUGGGUCAGCCCACCUGGGUGACGGUGGGCAGUUGGGAGGGAGGCCAGCUGCAGGUGGAGGACCAGGGAGUCUGGCAGGGACCCAAACCCCGCCACAGGACAGAGGGGAUGAGCGGGAGGACCAGGGGCCGCUGGAGGCCAGGGAUGCCGGUGGUGGGGAGUCGAGUUCGGGUGGUGACUCUGGUGGAACAUCCCUUUGUUUUCACGCGGGAUGUCGACGACGAAGGCAGCUGCCCGGCCGGACAGUACUGCCUGGACGCCAGCACCAACAGCUCGGAAACUUUGGAGAGAUUCUUCAGGGAGGUGGCCGGGGGCAACAGCAGCUUCCUGCCUGCAGAGCACAGCAAGUGUUGCUACGGAUACUGCAUCGACCUGCUGGAGAAACUGGGCGAGGACCUGGGCUUCGAGUUCGACCUUUACAUCGUCGGGGACGGGAAGUACGGAGCGUGGAAGGGGGGGCGCUGGACCGGGCUGGUGGGAGAUCUUCUGAACGGCCUGGCAGACAUGGCCGUAACCUCCUUCAGUAUUAACUCGGCUCGGAGCCGGGUGAUCGACUUCACCUCGCCCUUCUUCUCUACCAGCCUGGGCAUCCUGGUGCGCAGUAAGGACACCGCGGCCCCCAUCGGAGCCUUCAUGUGGCCCCUGCACUGGUCUAUGUGGGUUGGUAUCUUCCUGGCACUGCACAUCACUGCUCUCUUUCUCACGCUGUACGAGUGGAAGAGUCCAUACGGCAUGACACCUCACGGACGCAACAGGAUGAGAGUGUUUUCGUACUCGUCUGCUCUCAACCUGUGCUACGCUAUCCUGUUCGGACGCACCGUCUCCUCCAAGACGCCGAAGUGUUGGACGGGUCGGUUUCUGAUGAACCUGUGGGCCAUCUUCUGCCUGCUGGUGCUUUCCAGCUACACAGCCAAUCUUGCAGCCGUGAUGGUGGGGGAGAAGACGUUUGAGGAGGUGUCAGGAAUCCACGACGCAAAGCUGCAUCAUCCGUCUCAGGGUUUUCGUUUUGGUACGGUGAGGGAGAGCAGUGCGGAGGAUUACAUGAAGAAGAGUUUUCCAGAGAUGCAUGAGUACAUGAGGCGCUUCAACGAGCCCACGACACCUGAGGGGGUCGCCACUCUCAAGACAGAUAACCCCCUGUUUACCAUCAUGGACAAAGCGUUGCUUGAUUACGAGGUUUCCAUCGACGCCGACUGUAAACUGGCGACAGUGGGGAAACCGUUCGCUAUCGAAGGUUAUGGUAUCGGUCUGCCUCAGAACUCCCCACUGACCUCCAACAUCUCAGAAUUCAUCAGCAGAUAUAAAUCAGAAGGCUACAUGGAUCUGAUGCACGACAAGUGGUACAAAGUGGUUCCCUGUGGGAACCGAGUGUUCGCCGUCACCGAGACUCUUCAGAUGGGGAUCAGUCACUUCUCGGGUCUCUUCAUGUUGUUGUGCGUUGGCGUUGGUGGAGCGUUACUGACUCUGGCAGGUGAACACGGGUUCUAUCAACUUGUCCUUCCACACAUCCGCCGCCGACAGAACCUCAAAUACUGGCUGCACACCUCACAGAAAAUCCAUCGAGCUUUGAACAUGACGUAUGAAGACGUGAAGAGGCAGCGAGCUGAGAAAGAGAAAAGCUGUAACCUACCGAAGCCUCAGCCCCCUCCGGCCCCCCCAUCCGCCGCCCCCGGAGCCUCGGCCAAGUGGAACAAUGAGGCCAGUAAGGACGCCGCCGACGCCGUUAAGGACGCCCGAGACUUCAAACGAGUCCACUUUAACCUGGAGACCCUCAACACCCGCCGCCUGCUCGCUCGCAUGGCCACUUCUGACGCCAAGGGAGGCGGAGCCAAAUCUGAAGGGCAGGGACCGUCCAAGCCGAAGGCGGGGCCAAACAGCAGACUGUGUGAGAACGGCGGACCGGCGGCUUCCCUCGCCAGCCUGCUCCUUUCCCGAGCCUCAACUUCCUCCUCUGCGCCUCCCACCGUGGCUGGCAGCCCCCCCGCAGUGGUUGCCCCCCCUGCAGCGGUGACUCCAGCCCGGCCUGGUGAGCUGCAGGAGCUGCAGGAACAGAUCGACCAGAUGAGGGAGAAGCUGAAGACGGCUCUCGCCAGGAGGGCAGAGAUCCAGACCACUCUGGCCAAACCUGUCGCCACAGUAACCAACAACCAGUCUGCAGUUACCACAACAACAACAACAACAGGAGCCCCGCCCAGUGCCCCGCCCGUCAUCGCCCCGGUAACGCCCUGCCCUGCCAAUACCAAGUGCGUGACGACCAUGACUGACCCACCUCACAAAGUCCUGUCCAAAGUCCGGCCCCUCCACAGCAGAUUGACCAAUCAAAGGUGA